UUUCUUAAUGAUAUAUAUAAGCUACAAAAACCUGUUAUUUGGUUUAAUUAGUGUAACAAACUGACAGUAUCUUCUUGUAUGUUUUUGGGUCUUGCUUAACACAGUUUAUCUUCAUUUUUCCACCUAAUUUCUUUUGUGCUGCGGGUGGAGAUGAGCUCUGUACAAGCACUGUGUCAAGCGUGUAGUUGUGCAAUGUUCCAGAACAUCGAAUGUAAGCUGGGGUUCGCAAAGUUCUGUGGAAUCAAUGCUGUUGGAUUAAGCCGUGGUCGUAAAAGCUUGUUGAAGCCGAUUAUGGCUAAGGAAGAUCACGGCGCGUCUUUGAUCGAUGACGGUAAUCCUAAAUGCCAGGGACAUCAAGUCAACAAGCCUAAUGGCAUCAAUCAAUCUACUGCAUUAUCUGGUAAAAGUCUUACCGAGAUGUCAAAUAUUGGGAAUUCGAUGAAUAUUUUGUGGCACGAAUGUCCAAUCCAGAAACUUGAUAGACAGCAGCUACUUCAGCAAAAGGGCUGCGUCAUAUGGUUAACAGGUCUCAGUGGUUCAGGAAAAAGCACUCUGGCAUGUGCUUUGAGUAGAAGCUUGCACUCCAAAGGAAAGUUGACUUAUAUCCUUGAUGGUGACAAUAUUCGACAUGGUCUAAACCGUGAUCUUAGUUUUAGAGCAGAAGAUCGAUCAGAGAACAUACGAAGGAUUGGUGAGGUAUCAAAACUCUUGGCAGAUGCAGGUGUUAUUUGUAUUGCCAGUUUAAUAUCACCCUACCGAAAGGAUAGGGAUGCUUGCCGAGCUCUAUUGCCAGAGGGGGAUUUUAUUGAGGUUUUCAUAGACGUGCCACUGGAUGUGUGUGAAGCAAGAGACCCAAAGGGACUUUACAAGCUUGCUCGAGCUGGAAAGAUUAAAGGUUUCACAGGGAUAGAUGAUCCAUAUGAACCACCGUACAGUUGUGAGAUAGUAUUACAGCAAAAAGGAAGUGAAUGCAUGUCUCCAAGUGAUACGGCAGAAAUAGUAUAAUAAUAUGUAACAUGGUCGGAGGAACAUAAAACUGCUCCUUCCAACAGCAAGGAAAUCAUCGUUUCCUACGCAUCUGCUUCCAUCUGGUAGCAAGGCGCAUGAAAAAUUGCUCAUUAAAGCUUCAUUGCAUUAGGUGGAUCCAUGAGGAAGGAAUUGGUGUUGAUUGGUAUUAUGGUAUAGGGAAAAGGACGUAAUAAUCUAGCAUAUCUUUUUGGAAAAUAGAUGUUUGUUAUUGAAUGUGUAGUGCUUUUGACUUGUGAGGAUUUGUUCGCAGUCUUAACUCUUAAGUGACAUCUGUCCAGCAGCGAAUCAACCAGUCUUUAUCUAUACAAAAAAUGACUAGGCAGUUAUGCAAGAAAUGAUCAGAAGAAACAAUUUUGAGAAA